GAUGGGCCAUGUGUGUGCGGAGUUUGCAUGUUCUCCCCGUGCUGCGGGGGCUUCCUCCGGGUACUCCGGUUUCCUCCCCCAGUCCAAACACAUGCAUGGUAGGCUGAUUGGCGUGUCCAAAGUGUCCGUAGUGUAUGAACGGGUGUGUGAGUGUGUAUGUGAGUGUGCCCUGUGAUGGAUUGGCACCCUGUCCAGGGUGUACCCCGCCUCGUGCCCGAUGCUCCCCGGGACAGUCUCCAGGUUCCCCGUGACCCUGAAGAGGAUCAGCGGUAUAGAAGAUGGAUGGAUGGAAAUUUAGAGGAUAUUUUACGACAAUCUGCUCCUACCUGUGGGAAAGGUAUUGUUUCUACAAAGGCAAACACUAAACCUGCCAGAAGAUAGGUGGCGAUGUAUGUUAUUUUCAAUUGACCAAAGAAAGAGAAGAAGAGGAAACACACGACGCGGGUUGAUGACGUGGUCACAUGGUCACGUGGUCAGAGACAUGGCGAUCUCCUCCACAGGCGUGUUUCUAUGGAGAAGCGGCUUUAAAGACGGGUGUAAGAGGCCGUAGUGUAUGUUCGGAAUAAGCAGAUUGAUGACUGUGAGCUGAUAGAGUUGUCGUUUUAGUCAGCAUGUCCUGGGUAACUGCAGUACCGCGAAGCGAUGAUGUUUUUGAUGAGGACCUGGAUGAACUCAGCCUUCAAAACAAAGAAUGGAGGUGCAGUAUGGAAAAGCGAGCUAAGGAUGGUUUCAGGGAUGGAAUUGAUGCAGGCAAAGAGGCUUCCCUUCAGCAGGGCUUCAACUUGGGCUACAGAGAAGGAGCUGUUAAAAUGAAGGCUAUUGGUCAAUUCAAAGGAAUUGUUAGUGCUCUGCGGUAUUGGUGUCAGUCACAGCCAUCAAUGAGCUCAGAGCCCAUCACACAGCUGCUUCAGAAAGUAGAGAAACAUGAAGAAGGCAUAUUUGAGGCCAUGCGCAAGGCUCAGGAGCUGCCUUCUUCCAGUGUAUCAGAGCUUGUUGGAGAGAUGGAUGACCUGGGUGUAGAUCAGAGUGAUCGUGGAGGCUCUGACUGCUGCAGAAAUGAUGAAGGUAGUGAAUGUUGCCGGAAAGGACAGAGUGACCGCUGUGGAUGUGACGAGGACAUUAGUGAGAGUUCAGCUGGGACUCAUACUGAGAGUUUGUUUGUGAAGGGUGAGAGUCUGGAGCAGUUACUUCACAAGUGUAUGGAGCUCGUGACUGAAAUGGGACUCCCUGAAGAGCUGAGGCUCCAUAUUCAGCAGCUCCGAAGCACGUGUAUUUGAACUGAAUUUAUUAUACUACAAGUGAGCCUCCAUUUCAUGGCUUGUUAUCCGUGUUAGAUUUUUACACAAAGCAUCAAAAUAAAUUAUUUCCAUAAAACUAA